AUGGGUAUUGAAUUUAGAUCUUUCAGAACCAUCAACGCCGUUAGGAAGAGACGUAAGACUGCAGAGAGUUUCAUGGCGACGUCGCUACUCCUUUCACCUCUAUCCGCUCCGACAGUCGACAAUAAUCGGGAGUCAAGCAGUUUCACCACUCUGUUCUUGAAAUCAUCUUUUCUCCACAACACCACUCAUUUUCUCCAUGCUCCUUCGAGGAAAGAUGCUCCGAUUAGGGGAAGAUGUAUCAGGUCUCCGGUCACCGCCGCCGACAAAUCUCUGGAUUACAUACCGAAGCAGUUUAGGGAAGGAAACCUUAAAGACGGAUUGAUGGAAAAUUACAAAAAUGUCCCUCAACACCUUUAUGGUUUAAGUCCUACACAAAUGGACAUGUUCAUGACAGAAGAUAAUCCCGUAAGAAAGCAAGCAGAAUCCGUGACAGAGGAAACAAUUUCAUCAUCUCAUAAUUACUUAAACCACGGAGGAAUGUGGACCCUAUCAGGAACGAACAACAGGGGGCCCGCAAAAUACAGUAUGAGUGUCAGCAUGUAUCGCGGAGGUGGCGGCAGAGCUUCCGGAAGACCUAGAAGUGCACCUCCUGAUCUUCCAUCACUGCUUCUAGAUGCUCGUAUUUGUUACCUAGGAAUGCCUAUUGUUCCUGCAGUGACUGAACUUCUUGUUGCUCAAUUUAUGUGGUUGGAUUAUGAUAAUCCAGCUAAGCCUAUUUAUCUUUACAUUAAUUCCUCUGGAACACAGAAUGAUAAAAUGGAGACAGUGGGGUCUGAAACAGAAGCAUACGCCAUUGCUGACAUCAUGGCUUACUGUAAGUCGGAGGUGUAUACGGUCAACUGUGGGAUGGCAUUUGGUCAAGCAGCAAUGCUAUUGUCUCUUGGAACCAAAGGGUUUAGGGCAUUGCAGCCGAAUUGUUCAACAAAAUUAUAUCUACCGAAAGUCAACCGGUCAAGUGGGGCUGCGAUUGACAUGUGGAUUAAGGCAAAGGAAUUGGAUACAAACACGGAUUACUUUCUAGAGCUACUUGAAAAGGGAAUUGGAAAACCGAAAGAUGAAAUCAGGAAAGAUAUUCAGAGGCCUAAGUAUUUACAAGCACAAGAAGCCAUUGAUUAUGGGAUUGCUGACAAGAUUAUUAGCUCAAGAGAUAAUGCUUUUGAGAAACGGAAUUAUGAUGAGAUUCUUGCGCAAUCGAAGGCGGCAAGGAGAGGUGCGGGUGGUGGUGCACAGGCGGCUCCUUCUGGAUUUAGGUAGAUGUGAAAUGAUGGAUGUAUUAUUGUAUAUGGUCAUGAAUGGAAGAAUUUAUGACCUUCUGUAGAACAAUGUGAUAACUUGAAGCUCAAAAAAAAAUAGUAAUGUGUACUUUUUUUUACCUUUUGGACCUAUAUAAUAUGUGUACUUUUUACCUUUCAUGCAAAUUUUAUCACGGAGAAU